AUGUGGCCAUUCACCAGCUCAUCCUCCUCCUCCUCACCUGCCUCGGCAGACAAGUGCCCCGUCGACGAAGAGACUCGCCAAGCAUGGCUCAAAGCCAACCCUGGCAGAUCUUCCCCCUUCCAACCCGACCCUAGUUCCUCUUGCUCACCACCAGCCGUCGCUGGCCCAUCCGGACAGCGCUACAGCGAUGAAUCGCGCCUCUCCACCGAACGAGAAAUUUCUUCCAUCCCACGAAGCUACUCGCCUCUAAGCAACCCAACCGCUGCGCAAGCGGCACAACCGGCACAACCGGCACCUGCGACCCGCGGCGGUCCGGACGAGGACCAAGAUUGGGACGGAAAAUGGGUCUACCCCUCGGCCAAACAAUUCUAUAACGCCAUGAAACGCAAAAACCAAAAUCCGCAAGUAGCAGAUAUGGAGGUAGUGGUGCCCAUCCACAAUGCGGUCAACGAACAAGCUUGGCGUCAAAUCCUAGCAUGGGAACGUAUGUGGACUGGCAGAGCGCAAGGAAAAGAAGAGACAAAGUUGGUCAGUUUUAAAGGUAGACCCAAGGAUUUGACUUGGAGAGCAUGGUUCAACUCCUUGGCCGGAUAUCAAAGGCCCUUUGAUCGACAUGAUUGGACGAUCGAGAGGAAUGGCAGUGGCGAGCAGGUGAGGUAUGUGAUUGAUUUUUAUACGGGCAAGAGUGCGCCUCGUGCAAGCGGUGCGGAGAGCGGAGGGAAUGGAGGAAAGGAGGAGGAGAGGAUAGCGGACAAGUUGGGCGCUGCUGCACAGGCAAGCAAUGGUCUGAGCUUCUAUUUGGAUGUCAGACCGGCUCCAUCAACGGUGGAAGGCUUGGCGAUGAGGAGUACGAGGUUGUGGAGCAAGUGGUUCGGUGCUCCUGGUGCUGGUCCGCGUUGA